CCUUCUCUUUUCCUUUAGUUUCGUAGAAGCCAGAUAUCAGAGACUCCCAAAAGUGGAAAUUCGAGUCCCGUUUUUGUUCGAUUCGAGCCCCCCCAAAAUAUAGAAAUCUGGAGUUUCAUCGUAGAAGAGACGGAGAAACAGAGAGAUGGGGGUUUUUACAGCCACUUCUCUUCUUCUUGUAACGCCAAAUUUAAGGCAUGAAUCUGGUUCCUCUCACCUGUUUCCUCCCACUCGCAAAUCCAAGAAGAAGAGCCGCGCUCUCGUCCCUGUUGCGAGGCUAUUUGGGCCGGCCAUAUUCGAAGCUUCGAAGCUGAAGGUUCUGUUUUUGGGGGUGGACGAGAAAAAGCACCCUGGAAAAUUCCCCAGAACCUACACUCUUACCCACAGCGACAUAACCUCCAAGCUCACCCUCGCUGUUUCUCACACCAUUAACAACUCUCAGUUGCAAGGAUGGUACAAUUGGCUUCAAAGAGAUGAAGUGGUGGCAGAGUGGAAGAAAGUGAAGGGAAAAAUGUCUCUUCAUGUUCAUUGCCAUAUCAGUGGUGGCCAUUUUCUGUUGGAUCUUUGGCCCAAUCUCAGAUACUUCAUCUUCCGCAAAGAACUCCCUGUGGUGCUGAAUGCGUUUGUUCAUGGAGAUGUGGAUUUGUUCAACAAUUACCCAGAAUUACAGGAGUCUUUAGUGUGGGUUUACUUCCACUCGAAAAUUCCAGAAUUCAACAAAGUAGAAUGCUGGGGCCCACUUAAGGAUCCAGCCCCACCUUCAAAUGGGCCUAAACCAGACGAGCCCACCUGGGAUUUGGGCCGCCUCGAUUGGCCCAAACCCUGCCAAGAAGACUGCUCCUGUUGCUUCCCUGCCAUCACUUCCAUUUCAUGGUCCCCCAAAAAUGAAUUGGAGCAGACUAGUUAGAGCACCUCAAUUUGGCUCUGCCUUCUGGGGGUCAAAAAUGUAAAUACCUUAUAUUUAUUUACCUUUACUUGUGUUAAUUUAAGAUUCUUAGCACUUAUAUUUAAUUUGUUAAUUUCAGUGGUACAAUAAAAAAGUUGAUAUAGCACGGUGAAAUGUUGGUAUGGUCUAUCGUUUUUAAUGCCUUCAUAGAGACGAUUGAGAUUUGUAAAUUAAGGAACAAGAAUCAGAUCGAAGGGUUUAAGGGUAUAAAAAAUGAGGUGAAUAUUAUAUUUUA